UAUCCUGUAUCAUAACUACAUGUCUGACAAUUGUAACAAACCAAACCGCAUGAAAAUCGGUUGAGAAUUCAGCGAGUAAUGAUGAUUUUAAUCAUAAAUAAUCUCCUGCCUCAAUAGACAUACAUGCAUUAGGCAGCGCGGCUCCAUCUGGGCAAGAUGGCGGCCGCGUUGACGUAUCGCUCCAAUGAGGAGCACCGUUGAAUGCGGCAUCUACGUAUAUAUAUCUAUGAAGCGCCGGUAGCUGACGUCACGCAAUCCCAGGAUGCAACAGUCGAAAUCAAAACAACGCCAUACUGGCAGGGAAGCGCGUUGUACAACUGACUGCCAAGCAUAGCUAACUGACUCGUAACUAACUCCUCUCUUCUCCGGGCUGUUUUCAUACAAAAGUGAAAAUGGUGGACAGCUGUUGUGCCCCGGGGUGUCAUAACAGUCGACACACGAAGGGGAGAGCGUUUUAUCGAAUCCCGAAAGAUCCUGAAAGACGGCGGAGGUGGAUUACUGCCAUAAAACGUGCCCGAAGCGAGCAGAAGAAAACGGAGCGGUGGGAGCCCAAAGGCAACGGAUUCCGCUUGUGUAGUGAUCACUUCACAUCAGGGAAAAAGAGUAAUAACCCUCUGUUACCUGACUACGUCCCAUCCAUCUUCAAACAUGUGCCAUCCCCAGAGAAGAGCAGAAGGAGGAUGCAGUUAGAUGUAUUCAACAGAAGACAGAAGACCAAACUCCAAAGAAGAGAGCAGGCAGAAACACCAUCAGCUGCCCCAGUAACCCCUCCAACAGCCUGUCCUCAAGAUGGCAGCAAGCACCCUAAUGCAGGUCAUCUCACAGAAAAAGCUCCUGUGGAGGAAUCAACCCAAAAAGAACUUGAAAAUGAUUUCCAGCCCAUUCCUGAUGAUAAUGAUGAUCCAGCAACUCCACCGUGUUCCAGUGAAAACUGUAAGAAACAUAUUAAAUCUCUUGAGAUGGAAUGCCAAGCUCUGAGGACUGAAAAUAUGUUGUUGAAAGAGAAAAUGAAUAGAACUGGACUAAAUGAGAUGAGUCUACAAAACAACGAUAAAAAGGUUAAUAUUCUCACUGGUUUACCAACAUAUUCACUGCUAAUGACAGUUUUUAGUUUUGUAGCUCCCUAUCUAAAACACAAGUCUGGCCUGACACUAUUUCAGCAGUAUAUGCUGGCUUUAAUUAAGCUGAGAAUGAAUUUGUCUUUUGACUUUUUGGCUUAUUAUUUUGGUGUUGAUUUGACCACUGUUUCAAAGCUUUUCAAACACUGUAUUAGUGUCAUGUAUUGUAGACUAGUGACAAGUCUAGUUAUAUGGCCUGACAGGGAAUCAUUAAGAAAAUCUCUUCCAUAUGCAUUUAGGAACAGUAUGGUUGAAAGGACAGUUUGCAUCAUUGACUGUUUUGAAAUAUUUAUUGAGAAACCUCGCAACUUGUUAGCCAGUGCUCAGUGUUAUUCAACAUACAAGUCACACCAUACAAUGAAAUAUUUAAUUGCCAUUUGCCCACAAGGUUACAUUUGUUUCAUUUCCAAUGGCUGGGGAGGCCGCACGAGUGAUAAGUUCAUCACAGAGCAAAGUCAUUUUUUGUCUCAUUUGCUCCCAGGGGACCUAGUUUUGGCAGACAGAGGUUUCAGUGUCAAAGACUCUGUACAGUCUUGCCAAGCUGAAUUAAAGAUUCCAGCAUUCACUUGUGGCAAGAAACAGCUAGAUCCUGUUGAGUUGGAGAACACCAGAUGCUUAGCAUCUCUUAGGAUACACAUUGCAAGAGUCAUUGGAGUUCUCCGCCAAAAGUACAGUGUUUUGCAAAGCACUGUCCCCAUUGGUUUCACUGACAUUGACCAAGAAAAUGAUGUGACAGACCUCGACAAAAUUGUCAAAGUAUGUUGUGCCCUUACAAAUGUCUCUGAAUCUGUUGUACCCUCUCAGUGAUCCUGAAACAGGUGUAGGGUGUCAGUCUGACAACAGAUGUUGGAUAAAGUAACUAAAUACAGAUAUGUUCAUGUUACUCAUAACAGAUGUGAUGUAAUGCCUCUCAUUACGGAUCUAUUUAGGGAUGCACAAUAUGGAUAUUUUUUAGCUGAUAUCCACCUGCUUCUCAUGGUCAAUACUGAUAAGAUGACUAAUAAUUUCACAUUUUUGUAUUUUAAAAGAAGUUCAUAUAACCUGUAUUUUAUGCACACUGCAGGGUGAGAAAGGCUAAGAUGAGAUGUAGUGAACAAAGAUGGAUGAUUUAAUAUUUCAUAGCUCUGAUCAAACCAAAUUUGACAUCACUAUUACAACAAAAACAAAGAACUGCUCUGACUUAACUUUAACUUAAUCUUAAUAUACUUUGGCUUUUAUAGUGUUUUCUGAAGAAUUCAAAUGAAGUGCUCUGACAAUCUGUUAUAUCAGAUAACUCCAUACAGAUGUACUUGUGUGACUCAUAACAGAUGUAGAACUGCAACGAAUAAUCAAUUAUGACAUUAAUCCUCAACUAUUUUGAUAAUGGAUUAAUCGGUCUGUGUAAUUUUGGAAGCCAAAAGUCCACAAUCUCUGAUUUCAGCCUCGUAAAUAAUUUUUCUGGUUUCUUUGCUCCUAUGGCAGUAAACUAAAUAUAUUUGGGUUAUGAGCAAAAUAACACAUUUGAGGAGAUCAUUUUUAGGCUUUGGAAAACUGAUCGACAAUUUUCACCAUUUUGACGUUUUAUAGACCAAACAACUAUUAAUCUGUAUCGAAUCCAGGGUGUCUGCGGGGUCUUAAAAAGUAUUAAAAGUUGAUAAAUCAAAUGUUGGAAAAUUGAGGCCAUUAAAAAGUAUUAAAGUGUUUAGUAAGUUAAAGAUGUGUUGCUGCUACGGACGGCUUGAAGUGGCGAUGAUGUCUUAAGGUUUUUUUGGAAGGUCUUAAAGUCUUAAAAAAGGUAUUGAAAUUAACCUCAGGAUUCCUGCAUAUACCCUGGAAUCAAAUAAGAAACCGAUUAAUCAACCAUGAAAAUAAUUGUUGGUUGCAGCCAUAUAUAUGACAUAUAUGAUAUCAUAACUCAUUACAGAUGUACUCCUGUGACUCAGAUGUGAUGAUAACAAUAAUAAUAAUAAUAAUAACAAUAACAAUAGAUGUGGGUAUGUUUUGCCUUGAACUGAAUUCAGUCAGGGAACUGUCAUUCUCGGAACCCAUCGGCUGUAUUCGGCGUCUGACUUCCGGCAGAUGGCGAUACAGCCUCUGGGGGCAGACCCCCGAUUUUUUGGCAUUCCAGUUUGAUUUGAGUGGAGGAGAUGAAUUUCUGUUUCCAACUUCCAUUUAUAUAUAAGUAAAUAUGCUGAACCAUUGCAAUGGAUUCAGAGUUUGCAGUGACGACAGUUAUGUUCUGCUUCGUUAGUUCACCGCACGGACCGUUUAACCUGACAACAACUGCAGCCGGCUCAAACGUGAUUGGUCAGUAUCACGCGGACUACAAACAGCCUACAACCGAAAACCAGGGCUCUUCCGCUCUUCUUCCGGAGGCAAGAUCUCCGGAGUUUGCCUACAGAUUCUACAUUCACUGAAAGUAGAGUCAGCCUCUGGGGGCAGACCCCACAGACUCUACAUUCACUGAAUGUAGAGUCUGUAUAUAGAGACUAGGGAACUGUAAAUAAACUUGUUUUUCUCACAGCAAAAUGGUGUGUUUUAUUGGCCCUACAACUGUCGAUUUGUUUUGUGAAGGCUACAAAAGAGGGCCAUUAACUCAUUGUCGCAUCUUUUAAUCAUAGUUUAGUUUGUGAGGGUUUUCUUUUUUUGCGAAUUGAUGACCUUUCCGUAGCUGGGACAUGUCCACUGUUUAGGAAUUCUUUUCACGUGAAGGCAUGUUACACCCGCAAACGUAAUAACAGCCCACAAACAUAAUAAACCACAAACGUAAUACAAAUCUGCAGCUUUGCAUGUAAUAAUCCCGCAAAUGUAAUAAAUUUCCCACAAACGUAAUAGCAGCUGCCUACUACAAACGUAACACACAAUUUUCCGCAAAUGUAAUAACUAUUACAUUUGCAGGAAAUUAUUACAUAUGUGGGAAGGUGAAAAUGUAAACUGUAAUAACUUCCCAUAAAUGUAAUAUGAGACUGAAUAAUGAUCUUUGUGGUUGUUGUUGUUUGUUUGUUUACUUAUACACCUGCCAAUAGUGAUGCGUGUGUUGACAAGUAACCCACAGGUCAGAUGGGGCGGGUCAGAAAGUGACAGAGCAGCGUUCUGAGUAAGUUAGAAAUAACUUACAGAAACACACACACACACACACACUGGUCAUUCCUUGUCAGUUCACAGAAUUACUCUGUGGCAGCAAAUAUGUCGGAUUUAUUUUAUUUUCUUCUGCCUCUUGUUAAUACGGAUUUCUCUGCAGCAUCUGGCCUACAGUACCUGUUCAGCACCUCGGACAGCGGCGUUGCGGGAUGGGUUGGCUCUCAUAGGGGGUCAGGUGCAGGUCAUAAGGUUUUAAAAACCAUGGUUUACAAUAACUUAAUCCUCCUCCACUCAAAAAUGUGUUUUCUUCUUGUUCCUACAGAUGAAUGUUUGAGCCUCACUGUGCAGAAUGAUGUAUGUGCAGAGCUUGACACUCGAUGGCUGUUUUCACAUUUAUCUGCUGAAAAUGCUCAUAUGAUUUUAAGGGCUAGGGCUACGAGCCUAUGUUGGUGGCUUAUGUAGCCUAUGUUUGAACCAUUUAAUUAAAAUAUGUCUGCAUAUCAAAAGCCAAAAACUUGAAUAUGUCGUUCAUUCUUUGGAAGGGCUACAAGCAUGAUUUGUGACAUCACAAAUAUUUUAGAAGCCAGUCAUGGUCCAAUGUUCAACUUACACAAGUGUGAUGUGGAAACUUGAAGCCUCCAGUGCACAUACACUGAGAAUGGACUUAACAGUGAAACCUUUGGGAUGAAGAAUAAAAUUGGCAUAUUGAUAGAUUCUAGCAUUUUUAAUGAGGGAGAAGGUGUAGAUGUCAUUUUAAGGAUUUUAACAAGAUAAUUGAAUUUUUUGUGGAAAAACUAUAUCAUACAUUAUUAUUCAAAGAGAAACAUUUAUAUACGUUAAAACAUGUCUUGAAGGAAUCUUUAAUGAUUAAAUUAUCAUUUAUUUUCAUCAAAAAAACGAUAACUUAAUUGUGAUAAUAAUUACAAUUAUUUUAAUCAUUAUUAUUAUUACUAUUAUUAUUAUUUUUCUUUUAAUUAUUUCUUCCCCAUAUACACACAUAUACAAAAUCACACAUACAGUAAUAUAACUUGAACACACAUGUACGUCCACAAACGGAGCAAGUUUUAACAGUACUAUGCUACUCUUUUCUUGUUUUAAUUCAUGAAAUUCAUUAAUUUUUGUUGAGUUGAUUCUUGAUGCUUUGGCAAUAUUGUUGUUGUGAUAUUUACACCAAUAAAGCAAAUUUGAAUCUAAUUGAAUGAAUAAAUCACGAAUACUAAAAAUCUGCAGCUUAUACAAGUUG